CAAAUCCUUCUCCGGAAGGGGCGCGCAGCCCAAGUCCAAGCCUACUCCCACAUGACGUACACUCCUUCCCUCCGACACAGAUGCGUGGGCGCAGUCGUGAACCCAGUCCUGUGCGAGGUGCAUCUGGAAAACCCAGAAAAAGCAGCCCGGAUGUUCCUCCGACGCCACCUCCGAAGGAAUGGAGAGGUCGCCAGGGCCAGGAUGCGAAUGGUGUUGUUGGCCUUGGGAUGGGCAUGGAGUUCGGGGAUGACGUGAUCGUCAUUGAUUCAGAGUCGAGAGAACCACCGGAAGGGGAUUACCCAGCGGAUCUGAUCAGGUCAAGCAUGGAUGGUAGUGAGGACGCUGCGCGAAGAGCAGAUGCCGUCCUCGAUAUUGCAGAUUCGUUGCCUGCGCCUGAGGUCGAGGCGGACGGAGAAGACGAUCAGUCAACCCUCGCUGCGCCCGCUCUACCGCCCAUGCGGUUCUCCCUCUAUGGCACAGACUUCAGUGACAUCCUCAGUCGCGUAGCACACAGCGAGUCCGAGCGAAACCUUGCAGAACUUGCUGUUGUCGUUUCCCCGAGGUUGGCUGGUCUUCAAGUAGAGCCUUCGAGUGCCCCUCCAGGUCCGCGGAGCUUCGCAGACAUGUGGCCUAGCGUGAGCAGGGACAGCGGGUCAACGGCGAGAGCCAGUAAAGACGUUACUCCCACCGGCCUUAGACAUAUCGUUACUUCUCCCUCGAUGACGAGCAUCGCCAGUGUGGACCGUGGGACUGCCUCAGCGCCCCCGGUUACGGGCUCGUUCCUCGACGGCUUGCCGCCCACGGUACGCAGUCCUAGUCCGCGCAUUUCUCUCUCACACUCGGAUGCAUCGGCUGGCGAAGAAGAUGACGUGCUCGGGCCGUUGUCUGCAAGGUCUCUCAACUCGAGUACCACGCCGGCCAGCGCAUCGCCCGAGCCGGUCCUGAGCGCAGAAUCUGUGUUGCAGAAAAUGAGAGACGCGAUCCGCGACGGGGAGAGGCAGGGGUAUGUUGUGCUCGACAUGGGUUCUGCGCUUGGUAUGCUUGCCGCAAUGGAGAGUAUGACUGAGAAGUACACGGACCUCAAGUCGCAGUACGAUGGGGUCAAGCGCAAGAGUCAACAUUAUGUCAAGGGCCUGAACGUUGCUGGGGCGGAGUAUGACCGUGAACUCACUCACCGGCGGGAGGUCGAAGCCGAGGUCACUCGUUUGAGGGUGAAGGUAUCGGACCAGGCCGUACGGUUGACCAUGCUCGAGGCACCGGAGAGGGAGUCUAUGCGUCUUACAGAACAUGGCCGGGUAUUGAAGGAACAAAUGGACGACCUGCAGCGGAGGGUGAGCAAGCUCAAGGUUGAGAGGGAUGUGACUAUCGCAGAGGUUGAGGAACUUGCUGCCUCGAAGUCUACUGCAUCCAAUCUGGAGCCUCCUAGCCAAUUACAUGGGGAUGCGCUGUCGCUGCGCGCAAGCCACUCCCUAAGUCAACGACUCGAGGAGGUCAAAGCUGAUUAUGCGAAAGAUCUCGAGGCUUUGCAGCAGCAACGCGAACGGCUUGCUCGUGAAGUCCAGGAACUGCGAGAUGCGCGCCAGCAAUACCGUGACGAGACUGCAAUGUUACAGACUAGAAAUGAUGAGCUCAGCGCGCUGCUUGAGCAGGUGCUUGCGCAGUCCGACAUUAGGCCCGCACCCACGUCAUCACCACUCCAGAGAAAACCCUCUCGUGCUACCCCACCUUCCGCAUUAGUCAGUCCACCUGGCUCUCGGAUGCGAAGAGCGGACGAAAGUCUAGCUAGCGUCACAACAGCUUCGACCUCCACUAACUUGACGGGCUCGUUACUGGGUCAGGAGGAUCGCGACGAGUCGCAACGGUUUGUCAAGAUCGAGAAGGCUGAACUGCAUACUCAGGAGCAGCCAUUGACAGCGACCACAGCGAGAAGGUUCCGCUGGUACAACAAGUCUUCAAGCAAUGCCAACGUCUUGUCAACUGCGAAAGCUCCAGCGUCUUCCUCAACAACCCCAGCCCCACCACUGCCAAAUGGUCAGGAACGGCCGAAUGCGCUGGCAGCUAUGCAUAACUUCCAGCAGCACAGCAUACUGCGCUUGACACGCUGUGAGCAUUGCGCCGAGAAGAUGUGGGGUCUACACCUUCGCUGUAUAGACUGCGGCAUUGUCACACACGCUAGGUGUCAGAUGCUGGUCAAGACUUCUUGUCGUCGCCCAUCAAUGGAAAAGACCUCGAUGGAAGGCACGGUGUUCGGGCGGGAUCUUAUUGAGCAAGCCCGUGCUGAUUCACGGGAUACUCCACGUAUGGUGCCCAUGAUCGUCGAAAAAUGUAUCGAGGCGCUCGAAGAGCGAGGGAUGGACUACGAGGGUAUCUACCGGAAGACUGGUGGUAGCUCGCAGUGCAAGAAUAUCACCCAGUUAUUCGAGAAAGGGCCGUAUGACGCCUUCGAUCUGAACGACACGGAGGCGUACAACGAUGUCUCGAGCAUCACCUCGGUGCUCAAGACGUGGUUCCGCUCGUUACCGAACCCGCUGUUUACCCACGCCCUGCACGACAAGUUCGUCAGCGCAGGGGAGAAUCCGGAUCAGAACGCAAGAGGCAGCGCGUUGACGGCUUUGAUCAAGCAGCUUCCGGCGGAACACUACGAGACGGUCAAGUUCCUCAUGCUUCAUCUUCAUAGAGUUACGAAUCUGGCCGAGGUCAACCGGAUGAACUCGCAGAAUCUUGGUGUGGUGUUUGGACCAACUCUGAUGCGUUCGCAAGACCGCUCAAGAGAGUUCAGCGACAUGUCAGGCGAGACCCAGACCGUAAGAUGGCUAAUAGAGAACGCGCCGGUCGUGUUCGCGGACCCGGAGAUUUUCAGCUAACGACUUCCUCUACCUUAAGUAUAUCUCCUCCCUUUUAUUCCCCGUUUCCCUUAUUUCCCCUUCCUGUACCGCUGUACGGUUUCCGCGAGAUACCUGGGCUGCAUCAUCAUCCCGAGAAAUCAU